AUGAAUAAUAUUUCUUCACAAAUUUUAUAUAAUUUACUCACACAAAAUAAUUCAGAAUUAGAUGAAUCUUAUGUAACUCAAAUCAGAGCUUAUAAUCAGGUUUUUACAUUCACAUUUUUAGGUGUAAAACUUGAUGAAAAACUUAUAAAUACUAAAAAGAGGAUUUAUACAUUUAGGAUUCAAGGUGAAUUAUAUUAUCAGAUUAGAGGUCUAAUGCCAAGAAAUAAUGAUCAAAAACUAACAUUUGCUCAGAUUUACUUUUAUGAUUCAAAUAUGGAUAAUCAACUUCAAAAAAGACAAGAAAUAUUUCUAAAUUUGAAUGCUGAAAUGCUCAAAGCAUUACAAGAUAAAUUAUUAGAAAUCAAUCUAUUUAUUAAGCAAUUUGUAACCUCAGAAGCUAAAGCUAAAAGUAAAUCUAAUACUUUAUAA